UUUUAAGAAAUUAUCAUUUCAUGAGAGUUAAAAAACAGAAACGACUUAUUAAAUCAGUGUUCUGGAAGAUAUAUUGUUGAAAGACGAGUCGCUCUGCAUCAUGACUUCAUUUAGAGAAAUUAUAUUUCAACUUGUACCACUGGGAAUUAUACUAUAUUUAACAUAUAUGACAGUACAUCAUUCAUUAAAUGAUUAUAAAUAUAUUAACGCGGGGGAAAACAAUGUUAAACUACAAGUGUCUCGGCAUCAACGAGCGAUUAGACCCGAUCAAAUACGUUAUUGCAAGGUCAAUCAGUAUUACGAUCAGGAGGAAAAACGUUGUCUAGGCGUGCCUGGAGGUGGUAAAGUGCUUCACGUUGAAAAUGGACAAUCCUGCGGUGUCAAUAUUUUGAAACCACAUUGCACCAGCUCCCUAUAUUAUCACAUUUGCAAGCAUGACAAGUCGAUCCUAGCGCAAUGCGCGAAUCGACAGAUCUUCGACAGUCGUCUGCAACGAUGCGCUUAUUAUGAUUCAAGCAAAUUGACUCCCAGCACUAUUCGACCGGAUGAUUACAAGUAUUACGAACAUGUUAAUGUAUUAAAAUCAUUUUCGAUACCAAACUGCACGAGACUUGGCCAGUUUCCCGUACCCGAUCAUUGUUCUAUGUUUUACACAUGCGAUACAAAUGGACAUACAUUGCAUCAGAGCGUCUUCAAAUGUCCGCGAAAUAUGGGAUACCAAGCAAAUAGACAAGUCUGCGCUGUCGUAACAGAUUGUGAGAAUAAUGAUUCGGUAGACACCGCAAUUUGCGUUCCAGAUGCGCCAGGUGAGAAUGUGGAAUCGUUAAACUCUAAAGAAGCUAUGGAAGAAAAUGUCGAAGAAACUACUGGAAUAUCUGAAGAAAGCGAAUUCAGAAAUGUAAGCGAUUCUGCCGCGAAAAAGGAAGAAAGCGUAAAUUCCAACAUCUAUGAUGACGUUAUCUCUACCCCUGAAAGUAUAAUAGACAAUCCACUAUCAGUGGACAAUUAUGAAGAUAAUAAUGACGAUUUGUAUAAAGUAAGUUCAUCGCCCACGCAACCAAUUCAAGACAUUUCAACGUCUGAUGGUAUUGAUGAAAUGUCAAGUCAAGCAUUAAGUCCAACCGAAAGUGCGCGAGAAAUACAGAAUGAGAAAGACGAUUCGAUAUUGGAUUUACGAAUUACAUCACCGCCAACGGUAGAAUUCCGUGAUAAUGCGUACAUAAUGACACCAAUGACCUCGACACCAGAAUAUAAUACAGAUAUAAAUUCCAAUGUUGAUCCUGAAACAGCUGAUACUCCAUUUUCUACAGUCAAUUAUAAGUCACUAAAAUUAGAUGACAGAACGCAGGAUAUAACAACGGAACCGUACAACGACGAUGAAACAGCGACAUUACCGAAUUCAAACAUUGAAACUCUUGAUUCGUAUUUACCAACGAACACCCCGUUCUCUUCAAUCAAUGAUAAGUCAUUGAAGAUAGAUGAAGAAACGCGGGAUGUGACUAGAGCAGUUGAUUCAUACCAGACAUCAACGAUAAGUAAUGUACCAGAAUCUUCCCCGAUCAUUGAUAUACCCUCGAAAUUAUAUGAAGAAAUGCAGGAUACAACAGAAGAAUAUAGCAAUAAUGAUGAUAAAACAAUGGCAUUACUAAAUUCAAACACUGGAGCAAUUGAUUCAACAUCCACAAUAAGUAGUAUAUUAGAAUUUCCUUCAACCAGUGAAAUCUCUAAAUUAUAUGAAGAAAUGCAGAGUGCAACCACAGAACAAUACAAUAAUGAUGACAGAAUAGUAACACCAUCAAAUUCUAACACUGAAGUGGUUGAUCAGAACCCAAUAUUAAGUGAUAUAUCUGCAACUACAAAUAAUCCAAGUGAUUUUGAUACAUCUACAUUAGCAUCUGCGAUUUUACCACAAGCAGACAUUAAUGACGAUCAGUAUACCAAAGAUCUAUUUAAAACUUCUCCUUCGGUUGAUAGUAAACUUGUCGAUCCUAAUUUUGAUGUGCCGGAAGCAAUCGAAAGUGUUCCUACCGGAUAUUCAUCCGAACAUAUUGACACUUUAAAUUUAGCGACGACAAUAUCUCCCCCACAAAUGGACAUAACACCUACAAUAAAAGAUCUACCUGCUAUUUCAGAUACAGAUCUGAUAACACAGAAUGGUAAAGAUAGCACAGAAGCAUCACCUUUCAUUGAACAAGAUGCUCCAAUUACAAAUAAUUAA